AUGGUUGGUGAAACCCUCCUCUGUCUUGGGAUUUACAAAAAGCCUGGCCCAUAUUCUUUGGUGAUUCUGCCUCCUGGUGGUGGAUACUGGGUAGAUGGCGUCCAACACAGCCCUGUUGAAGUUGAGGACAAAGCAGUAAUCCCUGGGUACCAUUUUCAACCGAAAAUCGAGAGGGAUGAGAUGGCUCUACUCUACAGAACACAUUUCUUUGGAAAGGAGCAUUUGAACUACCUUUCCAUGGAUGAUAUUUCGUGUCCACUGGUGAUGUCUUUGAUCGUGGAUUCUUCGCUUUCUUCCAGUCAAGAACAAGUCAGAGUUCUCCUUAGGACCAAAGAUGGACUGUUGCAUAACGUAUUUCUCCUUGACGCAAUGACAGUUGACACUUUAAAUCCCGUAGAAAUUGCAAAAGUUAUGUGUGAAGAAGCUGUUGUUGAGAGAUUUACGGCCAUCACGUUCCCUCGAACUCCUGAUAUGCUGAUGGCAUAUGACGAACAUGGUCUUGCGAACACUUUCAAAUUCGGCAUCAUAUAUCAGAGGUUUGGUCAGACCACAGAAGAAGAGUUAUUCCGUAACCAAAACCAGAGUCCGGCAAUGGAAGAGUUCCUCGACCUCUUAGGCAAUCGAAUAAAAUUGAGAGACUUUAAAGGAUGCAGCGGUGACUUAGAUGCCAGUGAUGGUGAAGCAUGCGAAGAGUCGGUGUAUGCUCAAUUCCAAGAGUGUGAAUUGAUGUUUCAUGCGUCAACUCAGCUGCCUUAUACUGAAGGAGACCCCCAGCAGCUACAAGGGAAUCAUCACACAGAAAAUGACGUCGUAUCAAUAGUGUUCCAAGAGGUUGGAUCUAGUCCCUUUGUUCCAUCAACUUUUACUUCUAGUACUCUGCGUGUAUAUGUGGUGGUGCAGCCUAUUGACCCCUUGACAUCACGGACAAGGUAUAAGGUCUCUGUGGCGGCCCGAGAAGGUGUCCCUUCCUUUGGGCCUCCCCUACCCUGUCCGUCCGUCUUUCCGAAAGGAGACGUAUUUCGAGAAUUCCUGCUCACGAAACUCAUCAAUGCUCAACUAGCCUGCUCCAAAACUGACAAAUUUUCUAAAUUUGGAUUUUUGCAAACGGAUUCUAACUUCCACGAAGUCAACUAA